CCCACCUUCUUCCCGCUUUCCUCAUUCCCUCCCUUCUCCUCCGCAUUUUCACAAACACUCUCCGUCCUUUCUUCUCUCUCUCUCAAAUGGCUCGUCUCCUCUGCAUUCUAUAUCUGCUACCGCUUUUCAUGGUAGCUAAUGCAAGAAUCCCUGGUCUUUACACCGGUGGCCCUUGGGAAUCUGCCCAUGCUACUUUCUAUGGUGGAAGUGACGCCUCUGGAACUAUGGGUGGUGCUUGUGGAUAUGGUAAUCUUUACAGCCAAGGUUAUGGAGUGAACACAGCAGCCUUGAGCACAGCACUCUUCAAUAAUGGUCUCAGUUGCGGCGCUUGCUUUGAGAUCAAAUGUGCAAAUGAUCCCAAAUGGUGCAAUCCUGGUAGCCCAUCCAUUUUCAUAACUGCAACCAACUUCUGUCCUCCGAACUUUGCACUGCCCAGCGACAAUGGCGGAUGGUGCAACCCACCUCGUCCACAUUUUGAUCUUGCCAUGCCCAUGUUUCUCAAGAUCGCCGAGUACCGCGCUGGAAUAGUCCCCGUCACUUUCCGCCGGAUACCAUGCAGGAAGCAAGGCGGGAUCAGAUUCACGAUCAACGGCUUCCGUUACUUCAAUCUGGUACUGGUCACAAACGUCGCAGGUGCAGGAGAUAUAGUGAAGGUGAGCAUCAAGGGAUCAAAGACAGGGUGGUUGAGCAUGAGCAGAAACUGGGGGCAAAAUUGGCAGUCCAAUGCAGUACUUGUGGGGCAGUCUCUUUCAUUUAGGGUCACGGGCAGUGAUAGGCGCACGUCUACUUCCUGGAACAUCGCACCAGCUAAUUGGCAGUUCGGUCAGACCUUCACGGGAAAGAAUUUCCGAGUCUGAUUUACCUCCCCAUAAUUUUAAUUUCAAAACAAUUUUUUUCUUUAAGUUUAUUAUUUUAUAUCGAACUAUAUUAUUAGAUCCAAGUGUUUCCCGCCUUCAAUUUUCCUAAAUUUUCUCGGGAAAAUUUGAAGUUGCGCGUCGGGCUUGAUGUGGGGAUUUUGGUAGGGGAUAGGGGAAAUUGUUGUCUGUGGUAACCUUUUUCUUUUUACUAUGGACACUGUUUUGUUUGGGAGGGGGAAGGGGUUUUACUUUUUACUGUUUACUGUUUAGUGUGUUAGUUGGUGAAAAGUUAAAGAAGCUGAAGCGGCUGCAACAAGGAAAAACAUGUAGCCCGCAGCCUCUGAGCAAUACAAGUCUCUGUAUUGUCCUGUUCUUAUUAAUGCUAUUACCUUAUUUGGUCUUAAGCCA